AUGGCAGAGACGACUGCGGUGUCAAUUGCGUGCAUUUACCGCAUAACACGCUUUUGUGCAGCAGCCGCAGUCGUCCCAGCGUUCCCUACAAACAUCGUCAGAGCUAAUGCCUUGUGCAUAUUGCCGGAGCGCACUAGAGACUACUAUCGGGAGUACAAUGAGGAACUCGAGACGUUCGAGGACUACUACGGACCAACGACAUCAGGUACAAUCAUCGCUUAG